AUGACAACUGCUCAAUUCAAUUGCCAAUACUGCACAGCAUCACUUCUUGGGAAGAAGUAUGUACUAAAGGAUGACAAUGCAUAUUGUGUUUCAUGUUAUGAUCGUAUCUUUUCUAACUAUUGUGAGGAGUGCAAAGAACCAAUUGAAUCGGAUUCCAAGGAUCUCUGUUACAAAGGCCUGCACUGGCAUGAAGGAUGCUUCAACUGCGCCAAAUGCAAUCAUUCCUUGGUGGAAAAGCCUUUUGCUGCCAAGGAUGAGCGUCUGCUGUGCUCAGAGUGCUAUUCUAAUGAGUGCUCCUCCAAGUGCUUCCACUGCAAGAAGACCAUCAUGCCUGGUUCUCGCAAAAUGGAAUUUAAGGGGAACUACUGGCAUGAAACCUGCUUUGUGUGUGAGAUUUGCCGCCAGCCAAUAGGAACAAAACCUUUGAUUUCCAAAGAAAGUGGCAAUUACUGUGUGCCGUGUUUUGAGAAGGAGUUUGCUCACUACUGCAGCUUUUGUAAGAAGGUGAUAACUUCAGGUGGGAUAACAUUUCGGGACCAGCCAUGGCAUAAAGAGUGUUUUCUGUGUAGUGGCUGUAGGAAAGAGCUCUGUGAAGAAGAGUUUAUGUCCAGAGAUGAUUAUCCAUUCUGCCUGGACUGCUACAACCACCUUUACGCCAAAAAGUGUGCCGCUUGCCUCAAACCCAUUACUGGUCUCAGAGGUGCCAAGUUCAUCUGCUUUCAAGAUCGCCAGUGGCACAGCGAAUGCUUUAACUGCGAGAAGUGCUCAGUCUCCUUGGUGGGGGAAGGCUUCCUAACCCAAAACAAGGAAAUCUUCUGCCGCACAUGUGGCUCCGGGGUGGACACUGACAUCUAG